ACCAAUUAUGAGUUUGCACAAUAUGAGUGGGGCUCCUACCCCGCCGAACAAGGAUUCAACUACGGUAAUUUGAUAUACCCGGUUGAAGGGGAACAGCUUCAGUGGACGGACGCAAAUUCCGAAUCAUACCCCUCAGCUGUGACUUCAGCUGGGCAGCUGGCACAGACGUCACCAAGUCUAUCUGGCUGGAAUGGGAGUGCCAAUACCUUGGGCCAGACGAGCGACCAGCCUGAUUACUGUCCAUCAAACGCUAACCGCCUACGCCAUGAGGGCAACGAGAUGCAACCCGUAUUGGAAAUCCCUGAGAGGCAAAAGCUUGCAAAACGCGCACGAACGGCGUAUACACAAACACAACUAAUGGAACUGGAGAAAGAAUUUUGGUACAGUCAGUAUCUGUGUAGACCACGACGGAUAGAGAUUGCUUCCAGCCUACGGCUGUCAGAAAAGCAGAUCAAGUCCGAUAAUGUAGGAAAUAGUUCAGCUAUGGCACCCUUUCGGUGCCAAGCUGCUAUGCCAGCCAAAGGAAGCACGAGGACUGGGAUACUGGCAGGUUGCCUAAACCUAGACAGGGGAAAUCAAGAGGCAGAGGUCGGUUUCGAACCACGGACCGUGCGGUCAGUAAAUUCGCGCUCUAACCACCAAGCCAUUACUCAAAAAUUAACAACUGUUUGGUUUCAAAACCGUCGAAUGAAAUUCAAGCGACAAAAACAGAUUGGAGCCGGCGAUAAUCCCAUCGGUGAGUACAGAGGAUUUCCAGGUCCGUCGGAAGAAUCCCGCCUACCUUCCAGUUGUCAUCACUCACAUAUGGACUUGCUCGGACAUUCGCAUGAGCAUAGAACCUAUGAGAAGAUGAACUGUUUUGUGAAUCACAAAACUCAGUACCAAGCGGACCAACAGCAUAACCUCGCUCCCGUUCCCAUAUCUAUUCAGACAAAACGAGACUGCGAUCGAUUGGACUCAAGUACCGGUCAUCAGCUCCAUGGAUUUUGCAAAAAUCAUAUUACGCUAGUUCAACAAAGCGUGGAGUCUUGGACCACGCGUAAAGAACGUAUGAUACUUCAAUGCGCGGAAGAAAGAUGCAUCGAUCGACUGGAGAGUGAAAGGCAAGCUGCUGUGGUGUUUGGAUCAUCGUGUGUGACACCAAGUGAAUCGAGCAGAAACAGAUUGGUUGGUAACGAGGCAAAGUCCAGGAUAACUGAUAAUGAGCUACCCAGGAAUUUCAUGUGCACUCCUGACCUUAUUACAAAUUAUCGUUGGGUUGAAUCAAACAACAGUUCACAGUCUGUGUAUCUCGAAACCCCAACCAACAACGGAUUCCGUUCAUCAGAGUUUGAUCCAGUUCGACCCGAUAUUAUCCCUCCUCCGCAGUUAAUACCUUACGAGGUUUGUCCCUGUCGCACCUUUGGCCCAAACCCGCGGUAU